AUGAUGUUUCAGCCUUCUUUCCUGCGUUUCUCUUUCACCCUUUUUUCCUUAUUUAUCAUCACACUCCCCUUUGGAACAAGCUCCACCUUGAGGGUAACCAAGGACAUCAUCGACCAAACCUGCGAAAUAUGUGCCAACCAAUCUAUCAUCUUGAGCUACGGUCUAUGCUCAACUUCUCUUCCGGUAGUUCCAGUGAGUCACUCCGCAAAUCUUGAAGGGUUGGCGUUGGUUGCAAUGGAGCUAGCACUAGAGAAUGUGACUAGCACGUUGGCAACAAUAGAGAAGCUACUGGAUAGCACAAGCCUUGAUAGUUUUGCUUUGGAGGGCUUAACAGAUUGCUUGGAACUGUACUCUGAUGCAGCAUGGACAAUAGUGAACUCCGUGGAGGUUUUCUUGUCUGGAAACUAUGAUCUAACUAGGACGUGGAUGAGUUCUGUUAUGGAAGCAGCAUCAACAUGCCAGGAAGGUCUUACAGAGAGAGGUGAAGCUUCUCCUUUGACACAGGAGAAUUAUAAUCUCUUCCAAUUAUGUGGGAUUGCGCUUUGCAUCAUCCAUUUGGCUACCCCUACACCACCUUCUCAAACGAGCCACACCUAA